AGAGAGAGGAGAGAGAAACGGAUAGCAUCGCACAGUCGAUGCAGAGGAAGACGACAAUGGCGCGACGCAAUCCGCAAACCCUAAUCGACUGAAAUUGGCGCAAGCCUUCUUCCCAAAUUCGACCCUUCUCUCUCUCCCUCUCUCUCUCUCUCAAUCUAGGGUUCUUCCCCCCGGGAAUCGCGAAAUGCCAUCGAUUCUGGACCCGAGCACCCAUCCUUCGCAGUCGCCCCCGCCCCUGCCUCCCGCCCAGGACCAGAACGCCACCUCCCCACCCGACUUCAGCCCCGUCUGCCCCGGCCUCUUCUACGACGCCGUCCUGGUCGUCCCCGCCGUCGUGUUCGUGCUCUUCCUGGCGUUCCACGCGAAGAGGAACUUGAGGAGGCUGCUCCAUGGGCGGUCUCAUGUCAAAAUCUCCUAUUACGCCCUCCUCUGGCUGGUGUCUCUGCUCAACCUCGCUUGGUGCUCGCUUCAGGCUUGGCAAUGCACUCCUGGAAGCGAGACCGGCUGGAACAUCUUAUCGCUGUUUACCAAAUCGGGGCUGCUAUGUAUGGAGAUCAGCUUGGUAGCUUUCCUGCUCCAAGGAAAUUACGCCAACGGAUUGGAAGCUUUGUCGCGAACUUUCCUGGUCACGGGGAUCAUCGUUGGUGUCGAUAUUCUCCUGAAGGCUGUUUAUGUAUUUGGGUUCCGGGUGCCGCUGUUCUUCGAUGUUGGAAGUACGCAUAGAGUGAAAUGGGCAUUGUGGAGCAUCCAUGAAAUAGUUAUAACUGCAGUUUAUUCCUUUGUGCUGUUCAUAAGAUUCUCAAAAUGGGCUGAGGAGUUGCCUCCCAGACCAACAUUCUACAGAUACAUUGUUGUCAUGUUUGUCAUCAAUUCAGUUGCUCUACUAGCUUGUAUGCUUGCUGGAAUUGGAGCUAGCUUUGGCACUUGGUUGUACAGUUUGAUAGUGAUCUGCUAUCAUGCGCUAUAUCUUCCCUUUCUCUAUGUGAUUUUUCUUGCCGACUUUUUCAAGGAGGAAGAUUUCCUUUUGGACAAUGCAUACUACUCGGAAAUGAAGGACGCUGGGUUCUUUGAUGCUGACUGGGAUUAAUAGAGAUGCUGGAAUAUCUAUAGAUGUAUUAUACACUGUAGAUUAAUGUAUAUGAUUCAGGCGCACCAACAUUUGGAAUGAAAACGUGAAGCGAAAAUUGUAAAGAGGGAAUUGAGAUGUCGGUGCAAUUUUUUCUUU